AUGACGGUACGAGCAGGCAUUAUAAACCGAGAAAUCCAGAGAUCGAGGCUGUCGGGAGCUACCGAUAUCUCAGUCCAUUUGUCAUCACCUUUCCUUCCAACCAAUGCGGACCUUAUAAGCCAUGGAGGUGCCAUGUUCUCGCCAAUUAUUUAUGAUUUCGAAAAUGAACUUUGUGAAAUAAAUCCGUAUUCGCACACAGCGUAUGGUACCGAUCUAGCAAAUACUACGCUUGCCAGCGUUUAUGAAAGCAAUGUUAUCCCACAGAAUACACUCGCUCAUGCUUGGCAAAGGCCGAACACCCCAUCCGCGAACUCCUUACCGAUUCCUCCCCUGGACUUUGGACACUCGUUUAAUACAACACCCUUACAGGGUCAUACAGCCCCAGUCUUCGCCCAUGCUCCUCAGCAAGCCCCAAUAAACGCGGUCAGCAGUAUCCCGUCAUACCAUGUCUCUGGAUUACAAAUACCCCAAGGAGAUCCACCAACAGCCAGUGCUCAGAGUUUGGACACCAUAUAUCAGGACCCCCACCGGAAACAUGCCUAUCUUAUGCCAUUGGCAACGGCUCCUAGAAAGAGGCCCGAGCCCAGCCCUACAGCCUCGCUUAAACAGCAUCCCAACAUCGAAUACACUUUUGUUUGUGAAGACCCAUCCAAAAAGCCAAUUGGAAUAGAUCCGCGGCUACGGAGACUCAAUCUUAAUGAAGAGUACUCGCAAAGGUUACAGGAAGAGGAACGCCUGCACAAGGAAGCUAUGAAGGAAGUUGGUGGAUCAUGUAUCUGGUGUAGCCAGAUGAAAAAGCGUUGCGAUCCUAAUAAAGUUUGCCUGGCUUGUGAGAGACGUGGCUGGCCUUGCUUGCGUUCUUGUGAUCAAAUCUGGUUGUAUGCGCCGAUUUCUCCUACUUCUAAUGGAAAUACCAUGGGCUCAAAGGGCGAUCGACAGAAAGCCCUUAAUACUGCUAAGCUGAUAACAUUCUCCGGGGCUCAUAAGUUGGCCCGUCUGUUACACUCUGAGGUGGAAGCUCCCUUUCUGGCAGGAAAGGCCAUCUUACAAUGUCGCUGGGGUUUCCCUAAUCUCUCAGGGUUGAUUGUUUUGGAUUCAACCUUGCUGCGUACUCCAUUGGAGGAAUACCGCCUGCCAAAUGCCACCAGAGAAAGUCUAAUUAAGACCAUACUUAGUAUUGUCCCUGAACCCAGACUUCUAAAUACGGCUGAUCAACGAGAGCGGUCCGAGAUCUUGAAUAUUUCGAUCAAGAUGCUGGGUGUGGCUACUUUUGUUAUCAGCGCCGCACGAAGUGAGCUAUUUUCGCGGCCUGUUGAUCUCGUCGGUGGCCGGGUUGCUUUUGCAUACUUGUUAACUUAUCUAGCCCAGAUACUAGCCCAGCUGUCUGAGGAGUUUUCUCUGGAGCUGUUCCACCUGUUGCGCCAGAGGCAAAAUCGGAAGCCCGUUAGCGAUGAUAUUUUCCUAGCUACCGGGCUUUAUUACCGAGUUUUGUCCGGACUUCAUUGUUUUAAACCUGGAUCCGACUCUAUGAUUGAAGAAAUAAUAUUCGCUAUGAGGGAGCAGCUGGAAACUGUAACAUCCUUAGUCGAAUCCCUAUUACGUUCGGACCACCUGGCAGGCACUUGCAUCCAGAAGUACACUGGAUCUUCAUCGUCUGUCAAGGCAGAGAAAUUCUGGAAGCACUUCGACGAGCAAAUACCACCUCUCCCUAUUCUCAGCGGCAUGCAAAUCUCAUUGUAUUUUUACGACAAAACUUCCUUACCUACACCUACUGCAUUGUCACGACAUUUCCAGCCGUUUUCUUGUCCGUCGUUAGUUACAGUGCCACAGCUGCUGUCAAUGAGAUUCGAGGAGUCCUUCAAUUUCAGAACAGACAAAUCUCCUCCGAUACCUGGCCCCGAUGCCGUGUCUUUCACAACCGAGCCGGAGAAUUCAAAAUUUCUCCCUCACUUCGGAACUUGGGCUAAACCCAUGUUCGACGAAAUCGCGAAGAAGACAGAAGAAGACCAAGAUGAAAUUAUUUCAUUGUCUGAGAUAAUUGUUGAAGAGUCUAGCGCUGGUGAACUUGACGGUGUCACCUUCGUCCCCACAGAAUCAAAUUCAUGGACAGUUUUGGGAUCAAUCAUCCAAGAGGAUCAAUCGGUUUUUGAUUCCACGGACUUAUUCUUUAAUUUCGAGGGAUACUACGCGUGCGAGAAUGAGAAGUGGAGUGAAAAGACAAAGCGAAACAAAUCUAAUUCAUCUGGAAAAACAGUUCGCGGCCGUCCUUCGAAACGGCCCAUGGUUGAGCCAGUGAUUUAG